AUGUCGAACCCACCCCACGACCCGUUCUACUCGUCCCCGUUCGGACCCUUCUACAGAAGGCAUUCUCCCUACAUGGUGCAGCCCGAAUACCGGAUCUACGAAAUGAACAAACGACUUCAGUCGCGCACAGAGGUCAGUGAUGCUCAUUACUGGAGUUAGAGGUCUUCUCAACCCAGUGAUGACUAGGGACUUAUCUCUCCUCCUCUCCCUCUCCCUACAGCCAUCGGACGGACUCUGAUCCCACGUUACUUCUCCACGGUGUUCGAAGGCGGAGUCACCGACCUCUACUACAUCCUGAAACACGCCAAGGAGUCCUUCCACAACUCCUGCAUCACGGUGGACUGCGAUCAGUGUACCAUGGUCACGCAGCACGGGAAACCAAUGUUUACAAAGGUGUGCACAGAGGGACGUCUCAUCCUAGAGUUUGCCUUCGAUGACCUGAUGAGGAUCAAGACCUGGCACUUCACCAUCAGACAGUACAGAGAGCUCAUCCCCCGCAGCAUACUGGCCAUGCACGCACAAGACCCACAGGUGCUGGAGCAGCUUUCUAAAAACAUCACCCGUAUGGGCCUGACCAACUUCACCCUCAACUACCUCAGGCUGUGUGUCAUACUGGAGCCCAUGCAGGAACUCAUGUCCAGGCACAAGACCUACAACCUCAGUCCUAGGGACUGUCUGAAGACAUGCCUGUUCCAAAAGUGGCAGAGGAUGGUGGCUCCCCCAGCUGGGCACCCACAGAACUUCAAAACGGAAAUAUUUCCCACAAAUCACAAAAAAGCUGAGCCCGCCAGGCAAACCGCCACGAAGAGGAGGAAAAGGAAGAACUCAGCCAGCAGCGCCAACAGCGGCAUCGGCAACGCCAACAAGAAACGCAGCCCUGCCACAAACUUCAGCCUCUCCAGUCAGGACGUGAUGGUGGUGGGUGAGCCUACCUUGAUGGGCGGCGAGUUCGGCGACGAAGACGAGCGUCUGAUCACGAGGCUGGAGAACACGCAGUACGACGCCACCAACGGCCUUGACGACGAGGACGAUUUCAACAGCUCACCGGCACUCGGUAACAACAGCCCAUGGGCCACAAAGCCCCCCAGCAACCAGGACAGCAAGCCCGAGAGCACAGCGCCUCAGCCCUCUCAGUGAGAAACGCAAAAAGAAAAAAAUGAAAGGAUAACAAGUCCGAACAAGUCUUGAUUCGGCCUACCCCGUGGACUUUACCCAUUUCACACACUAGGGCAGACUCCUCUGACCUCACCCAUUUUCAGAAAUUAAAUCUUGUUGGUGACAUUCUAGACCUCUGGUCGAUGGUGUCACGCUCAUUAGGCCUACAACCAAAAUACCAGGACAAUUCGUCUCUGAAUCACUGUAAAAUCCUGGAGAUGCUACUAACUGAUGACAUUGCACAGCAAUAUCCACAAUGACAAAGACUACUUUUUUCACGGAGAUGCAUACAGGCUGUAUGCACCAAUGAGAUAAACUAUGGAGGGUGGCCAUUUUCCCCAAUAAAGCCUCAGCUGGAAUGCCCAGAGAAUGACACAAAGUCUGAGCUUGCUUUUAUGGACAUAUUCUCAAUUCUUGAACUUUACCUGUAGCGGUCUACUGUGUGUAUGCUCUUUUGACCUGUAGGUCAUGGCCAUUGUAUGACAGAUGACCAGGGAAGUAAUAGGAAAAAAAACUAAGACUGAGAUUCUCUUUUCAGAGCAACAGCUUCAACGAAAGUGAACCGGUAAGGUUUUCCACAGCCAACGGAGCCAACAUGCAUUGGCGAUCACCGAAUCGCUGUCCCAAACAUUUGCAUUUUUAUUGGAAAUUCAUUUGGCUGUUGGUUUGUUUAUGUUGCUGUUUUUAUUUUUUCCUUCAAAAUUUCAAAUUAAACAGAAACAGACUCUUUCACCACUAUGGACUUGUUUUAAAUGGAGAAACUGGUGCCCUGGGAUUGCUUUUCAGAAUUACUGCAGUCGUUGCAGAUUGUGAUUUCAUGCAAACCUGUUCAAUUGUGUUUGUAGUCUAUUGGUGUUAUUUUGCCUCUCCCAGAAUAUUUUGCCAUUACAUUGUAAUUUUUGCCAAUCAGUACUAUAUGUGACUUUGCUAAGAGACACCAAUGCAUUAAGGUUGAUUUUGUUUUCCUAUUUGGAAUUUGAAUUUUUCCCUUUAAUGACCUACUCCCAAACUGAUAUUCUAAAGCUUUUCCUGCAUGAUUUAUAUAUUUUUGUUUAAUAUAUGUACUUUUUGAGAAACGUUGGUCCAGUUUUUAUUUGGUUCAUCAGUUUGGGAACACUGUUACAAGGUUUGUAGCUCUGUAUAUAGAGGUGUGACCUGUUUUAUCCACUUCAAAUAACCACUGAGACUAUUUUGUACAUGGCAGCUGUUUUUCUGCAGGGAUUUCAAAUUUCUAUAGAGCUACUUGGAUGCUGGUUGUAUGUCUGAACAAUGUAAAGUCAGCUCACAUCCUCAACAAUCCCAGAAUCCAACUCAGCAACUAAAACUUGCUUUUGACAACAACCUUUAUUUAUAUCACGUGUAUCUCUUUGGUCUACGAAAUAUAAAAAAUAUAACCGCAUAUCCUACAGUAAGAUACAGCAAAAACCAGCACCCACAAAUCUCUAAAGAAAGUAUUUGAAAUCCCUGAUUUUGUGUUCUUCAUUUAACUCAGACUAAUUAAUACUCCCUGAUCUCCUAGACUCACUGGUUGGAUUUGGUUUCUCAACAUCCAGAAGACAACAGUGGAUGUCUUUAUACAUUUGGAUCUUUGUGUAUUUAUUUGUGCAUUUGUAAGGAAGCCAACACAUUUCUGAAUAGGUUUGAGCUGGUAUUAUUAGUGCUCUGCACAUUUGUACAUUAUAUAGCAGAGAUGUUUUGUGUCAUAUCUGAUGUCUGGUAUGUAUGCUUUGCCAUUAUGUGUGCCAAUAAACAGUGCUUACAAAAUUG